GCGUCGAAAGGGAAGGAUGUUUUAUUUAUUGUUGUCCCUGGAUUAAAUUAUUUGUUGUUAUUUUAAGUGGAAAAUAAACAAUAAACAAAUGUCUAAUUAAUUAUAAACAAUUUCGGGUAGUGUUUGGUGUCCGAAAAUGUCCAUUCUGCGGACAACAUUGUGUUUUUCCCUGUUGGCUGCUGCUGUCCGAGGUCAUGCCGUUCUCGAAUUUUCCGUGGAACCCGCCGACACGGUCGUGGAAUCCGGACAGUCGGCGGUGCUCGACUGCGUGGUGCGCGCGUCGCACCACCAGCAGAGCGUCUUGAUCACGUGGCUCGACGAGGACGGCUCCCGACUGACAUUCAUGACAGAUUUGUACAGAUCUCAACUGACAAACGGUUCUCUAUACAUAAACAGCGUCAUAGAGGAACAAAGACUGACCGGAAAUUAUCAGUGUAUGGCCACUUUGCCCAAUAUUGGGUCGAUAGUCAGCAGGACGGCAAAGCUCAGCAUUGCAAGGUUAAAUGGAAUUCUCGAAGAACCCGCUGACGUCACAGUGUACGUCGGCCAAAAGGCGCACUUCGCUUGCUACGUCGACGCGUCGCCGGCGCCGCGCAUCCGCUGGCUCAAGGACGAGCGGCCGCUCCAGAUCGACGACCUGCGCAUGACCGUUUCCCCGGCCGGCUCGCUCGAAAUCGACGAGGUCGUCGAAAGCGACCAGGGAUCCUACAGGUGCAACGCGUCCGGACUGAACUCGUACAAGUUGAGCAACAAGGCGAUUUUGUACAUAAACGGCGACCAGGAGCAGGCGGCGCACGUCGCGCCGCCUACUUUCAUAGCGCGGCCUCGGGCCGCCGUAGUCGUCGAAGGUCGCAAUUUGUCGUUGGAUUGUGCGGCUAACGGCAACCCGAAUCCGACCGUCACGUGGCUCAAGGACGGAUUCGCUAUCGAUAUGAACGAUCUGGACAGCAGAUUCAGCUUGGUCGGUUCGACGAGCUCCCUAAGGAUUACCAGGAUCCAGGAACAAGAUGGCGGCACGUAUCAGUGCCGCGCUGAAAACCGGGAGGACAGUCUGGACGCGUCCGCCCUCGUCCAGAUCCAGGUCCCGCCGAGAUUUUUGAAAAAACCGCAGGACCGGACCGAGUACUCGACGAAAGAUACUGAGCUCGAGUGCGACGUAUACGGCGUGCCGGAGCCACGCGUCCAGUGGUUCAAGAACGGCGAGCUGGUCAAGUACUCCGAGUACUACAAGCUGGUCAACGGGAACAAUUUGAAAAUCAUGGGCCUGAUGGCGACCGAUUCCGGAAUUUUCCAGUGUUUCGCCGCCAACCCGGCCGGCAACAUUCAAGCCGCCGCCAGCCUGAAAGUCCUAACCUCUGCCGACAAAAAAAAACGUCCGAAAAAAGUGGUCGCCCAAUCAAAAUCCAUCGACUUAAAACACCAUUCGAUGUCUCUUUUCACCUCAUUAAAAUCGGAAGAGGGCGGCAAAUUGGGCGACGUCGAUUUCGGCCAUUUUUUCCGCCGGCAACCCGGCGCCGCCCCCAUCGACCCGCACGGCGCCUUUUCCAGUCUGAAAAGUAGCGGCGACGAUUUGGGCGACGUCCAAUCCGCUUUUUCCUCCCUCAAACCCGCCCUUUCAGCCGCCGCCUCAUCGAAAGUUUCCGCCCACCUGCCCGGACCGCCGACGGAUCUCCGAGCGGUCAUCGUCAAAGCUCGGUUCGUCAUUCUGAGCUGGAAACCGCCUCAGGAAAACGGGAACGAAGUCGAAGCGUAUUCGAUUUAUUUUCGGCAAGAAGGCAGCGAAAGGGAGCGGUACCAGAACACCUCCCGAUCAAAACUCGAAGAGAUCAACAUCGGCGGCCUGUGGCCGGGCAAAGUCUACCACUUCCGAGUGGUUCCGAUCGGCGCCGACGGCCCCGGCGCCUCGUCCGACGUCCUGACGGUGACGACGCAGGCGGAGGAGCACGUCGCGACGGCUCCGCAACAUUUGGACGUCUACGCCACGUCGCCGAGGAGCCUCCACAUCGGGUGGCGCCCUCCCGAAGUCGCCAACGGCAAAAUAUCCCGGUACACCGUCUACUAUAUGGAGACGACAUCGUCGGUGGAGCACAACGUGGACACUCCUGACACCUCAUAUGAAUUAACCGGCCUGAAUCCGUACACGGAGUACAGCGUGUGGGUGGUGGCGGUCAACGAGAACGGCGCAGGUGCCGCCACUGAAGAAAAAAUGGCGCGCACCUUUAGCGCGCCACCUUCCGACGCUCCCGGUAACGUCACUGUGGAGCCCUCAAGUACGAGCAUAGUCGUGCGCUGGGAACCGCCUCCGCCCGAGGCCCAAAACGGCAUCAUCCUGGGCUACAAAAUCAAGUACCGCAAAUCCGGGAAAGGUAAAGGUACCACCUUUACAACCACCGCUGGUGACCGUCAUUACGUCAUCAAAGACCUGGAACGGGGGGCCGCCUACCAGAUACGCCUCUGGGCGAUGAACGUAAACGGUACCGGGCCGGCCUCUGAUUGGACGGAAAUCGAAACUUUCCAAAACGAUUUAGACGAAAGUUCAGUGCCGGGGGAACCAUCGGGCUUAAAAUACAGGGCAACUUUCGAUAAAUUGUAUUUAAUGUGGUCGCCGCCACUGAACCAAAACGUGCGCGUGCGCAGCUACUUUAUCGGGUGGGGCAAAGGCGUGCCGGACAUUUACUCGAACGAAUUAGAUGAGAAAAAUCGCACUUUUAUUAUUGAAGGUUUAGAGCCGAAUUCGGAGUACGUUUUGAGUAUUCGGGCGAGUAAUAAUGUGGGGCCGGGGCCGUCGAUCUACGCCACUGUCAAGACGCAAGACGAGCCGCCGCCCGAGCAGACGGCGGCGCUGAUGCCGCCGAUGGGGCUCAAGGCGCAGGUGCUCAGUACAACAUCGGUGGUGUUGUACUGGACGGAUCCGACGCUGAAGCAGAGUCAGUACGUCCGUGAUAGCCGCUACUACAAAGUCAAAUACACGGCGGACAAUUCCUUGAAAACAAAAAUCCUAAACGUCACUGAUCUGAACAUUAUGAUCGACGACCUGAAACCGAAUACGCUUUACGAAUUCGCUGUCAAACUUGUCAAAGGUAGAAGGGAGAGCGCUUGGAGCAUGGUCGUGCAAAAUCGGACGUGGGAAUUGCCGCCAGAUGUCGCUCCGAGAAAUGUCGAUGUUCAUUUGCGGACCGAGGAGGAAGUGGAGAUCACGUGGUUGCCGCCCAAAACUACCACCGGAAGGAUUACGGGUUACGUCAUUCUGUUCACCGACAACAAAACGAAAACGGACGCCCAAUGGCAGGCGUUAGCGGUAAAGGGCGACAACCAUUCCAGUAUUAUCUACGACCUUAAACCCUUCACUGUUUAUUUUUUCAAAGUGCAAGCUAGAAAUAGUCGGGGGUACGGCCCUUUUUCGAAUAUAGCCACUUUCAGAACGGGACAGAAUGUUGCACGCCACGCCUCUGUUCAAGGAAUCGCAGAAAACGGUAGUAUCUUUUCCAGUGGCGUCCUCCUAUACACGACCAUUGGCGGUUGCCUAUUGGCCAUGAUGACAGUCGCCCUUGUCGUCGGCUAUCUUUGUUGCAAGCGCAAAGAGGGCACCGAUUUGGCUUCGCCAAACAGAGACAAAAAAGGAUACCAAAAAGGAAAUCAAGCCGUCAAACCGCCCGACUUGUGGAUCCACCACGACCAGAUGGAGCUGAAAGCGAUGGAGAAACGUCACUCGGCCAACGACGGCGCGUCGAGCAGCGGCGCGCUCACGCUACCGCGCAGCGUCGGCAACGACUACGAAAAUCACGAAAAUCUACACGCGAACUCUUUGGAUAAACGCACCUACGUACCAAAUUACGCUAUAGCCACGCCCCUGAACCACGCCCCUCCCAGCCAAUCGAGUUCCGACUCGACGCCGUCGGCCCGGCCCGCUUACCCGCGCACCAAUUACCAAGUGCCGCGCAGUCACGUGGGCCUGGAGGCUCCGCCCACUACUGGCGCGGCGGUCGAGAAUUUGUAUUCGGCGCACCCGAGCGGCGGGUACGACGGCGUCAGUGGCGUCGGGUCUAAUCCCGGUUACUUGAGUCAGCCGCCCCCGGGCAGCACCUACGCCCCUGGCAUGAACGUGUUGGCGGAAUCGCAGGCGGCCAAACGGAUCCAAGGCCACCCGCUGAAAAGUUUCACCGUGCCGGCGCCGCCUCCAGUCUCCGCCCCCGGCACGCCCCAAGCCAAACACAUUGUCACUGUCAGACCGACGUCAUCGCCGUUCAAAAAGGCGACGCCGCCUCUGGCGGCUUCGGGCAGCCCGAGUGCGCAGGCGUCGCGCAUCAGCGCCGCCAACCCUCCGCCUCACACCGCCGACGAGGUGCAGCGCUUGCAGCCGUCUCACUCUACCGAGGAGCUCAACCAAGAGAUGGCGAAUCUCGAGGGUCUGAUGUUGACCCUCAACGCCAUCACCGCCAACGAGUUCGAAUGCUAAAAGUGUAAUUUCUGAGUCGGAAUGUAAUUUCUGAGUCCAAAUGUAAUUUCUGAGUCAAAAUGUAAUUUCUGAGCAAAUAUGUAAUUUUUGGAUCAAAAUGAAUUUGAGUCUAAAUAAAAUUUCUGAGUUGAAUUUUUUUUAGUUUAGUUAAGUCUCGACUCAGAAAAUAUAUUGUUACUCAGAAAAAUACAUUUUGACUCAGAAAAUACAUUUUGACUCAGAAAAUGCAUUUUGAAAAAAAAAAAAAAAUUACAUAGAAAAUACAUUUUUAACUCAGAAAAUACAUUUGGACUCAGAAAAUACAUUAUGACUCAGAAAAUGCAUUUUGAAAAAAAAAUAAAAAUUACAUAGAAAAUACAUUUUUGACUCAGAAAAUACAUUUUGACUCAGAAAACAUUUUUUUUUUACUCAGAAAAAAGUAGUUUUAGUUUCAGUUUGAAAAACUUUAUAUUUUAGAAUAUUCAUAGACGCCAUUUUAUUAGAGGAAAAUUACCGUUCUAGUUAAUUUCCGAACGCACUCUCUCUCUCUCUUGCCAGUGGCAGCUUGAAAAAUAUUUAUUUAUUUAAUUUUUUGUAAAUAAUUUUUAAUGUAAAUAGCAAACGAGAAAAAUUUGUACAUUAUUAUUGUAAUCGUAUUUGUUGUGUACGCCACUGGGGGCUGGUUUUUUUAGCACAAAUUCUAAAAAAAAAAAACAACCCGCCCUCAAUAUUCUAAGAAUAAUAAUUUUAUUUAUCGAUAUUUAUUGUAUGUAUUUAACAAAUUAAUUAAUGGUACUAAUUGAUUAGGUUUAAUUAAUUAAUUAAUUAAGGGAAAAAAGCUAUUUUAUAAAAAUACCCGAGUUUUUUGUAUUUUGUACUCUUGUAAGUAGCAAUUAACGUGACUGAAAAAAUAAAUAAACACGAUUUUAA